UUUCGAAAAGUUAAUUUCUCAAACGUAUUUCAAAUAUGCUACGCAUAGUUAUAAUUAGUUUAAUACUUUGCAUCUAUGGUGCAGAAUCCAAAAAACCCAGUAAAAUUGUGAACGGCGCAAUCGCUCAACUGGGUGAAUUCGGACAUCAAGCUUCAUUGCGAGUGUAUGACCAGCAUAUUUGCGGUGGUAGUAUUAUCAGCCAUACUCAUAUUUUAACAGCCGCCCAUUGUUGUGUGGAUAAUGAUCAAACUAUGAGUGUGUACCAGGAUAUGACUGUCUUGACUGGUACAAACGACAAAUCUGGACAACAAUCCGGCCAACUUCAUAAAGUCAUUAACAUCGUGUGUCACGAACACUAUGACCCUAAAAACAAUUGGAUAAAUGAUAUUGCUAUACUGACGCUUGCAAAAUCCAUAACUUUCAAUCGUUUUCAACAUUCAAUUAAAUUACCAAGCAGAAACUUGCCUCCAAAUACUCGAGUCAUGGCAAGUGGAUGGGGCGCUUUAACUUUUGCUACUCCAUCAUCAGCCCCUCUAAUUUUGCAAAAACUAGACAUGAGAAUUGUUAGUAAUACAGAAUGUUCAAAUGCUCUUUCAAAUAAUAUAUAUCCUGGUCAGAUUUGUGUUUUGAAGGGUUGGGGAACUGGUGUUUGUGUAGGUGAUAGCGGUGGUCCCUUAACUUAUAAUAAUGAGGUUCAUGGAAUCGCGUCAUGGGUAGUUCCUUGUGCUGAGGGCUAUCCAGAUGUUUUCACACGAGUUUACUAUUAUUUGAGUUGGAUUCAACAGCACACUCGUCAAUACUAAAAAUCCAUUUUUGAAUUCAGUAUUAU